AUGAACGUCGCCCAAUCACCAAGGGGUUGCGCCGGUCCCUCGCGCCACGGUUACCUCCGCGCGACGCUAACAGGCUCCACGCUUGGCCCGCCGUCUCAGGCUCCCAACCUCUCCAACUUGAGAGCGACCACAGUAACUUGUAGCCUCAGGCACUCAUUGGAACGCCCUUUCUGGCCUCAGGCUACAGAUAUCCCCAUCAUUCCGCCUCAAGCUGCGUCUCAAUCUUUACUGCCAAAAAGCGCCGGGCUACAAGCGAACAUGGAUCUGAGUAAAAGGGACUCAAUGGAGUUGCCGGAGGCCGACAGAGCCUUCCUGGAAACUCAUUUGCCGAGCUCUCGCUCGACUUCCCGGCCCGAUUUGCCCUUCACAACUCUGACAUUCGCUACAUCCCUGGACUCUGCCCUAGCGCUUGCGCCGGGGACACGUACCGUGUUAUCAGGGCCUCAGUCAAAGGCAAUGACACAUUACCUGCGUUCUCGACACGACGGGAUUCUCAUUGGCGUCGGCACAGCACUGGCCGACGAUCCAGGUCUCAACUGUCGGAUUGCAGGGGUAGGAGGGUACGGUGGACAAGGUCUCGAAGGGCAACCCCGUCCGGUUGUCAUUGAUCCUAGUGCACGAUGGGACUUCUCAGAGAAUAGUAAACUCUUUCAACUAUGCGCACAAGGGCAAGGUCGAGCACCUUGGAUUGUGACAGCGCUGCAGCAACUCCCUGCGGAUAAGGCGGGGCUCCUAGAAAAAUACGGGGGCAAAUAUAUCUCACUGAAGAUGGAAACGAAUGACUCAGGCCGCCAUCACAUUGAUUGGCAUGAUUUGCUUGUUACCCUCCGCCGCAACGGGCUGCGGAGUAUCAUGGUUGAAGGAGGCGCCCAAGUAAUCAAUUCUCUUUUAGAGCCACAAUCGAUGUCUUUGGUCGACAGCGUCAUAGUCACUAUCGCUCCUACCUGGCUUGGGCAGGGUGGUGUGGUUGUAUCGCCAGCCAGGCGACGCGAUUCUACGGGAACACCCGUUGCGGCUGCAAGGCUGACGAACAUUCAAUGGCAUCCGGUUGGGGAAGAUGUGGUUCUCUGUGGCCAAAUAAAAAGGGACUCGUGA